AUGGAAUCCAGGUUGUUGAUGAAGUCUAUCCAGGUUGAUGAAGAGUAUUCAGAGAAGAUAGUAUCCAGACUGAUGAGGGAUAUUCAAAAGAUGGAAUCCAGGUUCAUGAAGUCUAUCCAGGUUGAUGAAGAGUAUCUAGGAGAAGGUUUCCAGGUUGAUGAAGGAUAUGCAAAAGAUGGAAUCCAGGUUGUUGAGGAAGGCUAUCCAGAACUCCAUCCACCAGGUCAAAAUAAGAUCGUUCUGGUCCGUUACUUGGCUACUAGCUCAGCCAGGUAUACUUGCUUUCUCCAGGCAGUACGUCGUUCCAAGGCGGCAGACGAAGAAAGGAGCCAUAAGGCUCGCCAAGCUCGUGAUGACUAUCGGAGGCAUUCCUUACGGGCCAUCCGUAAAGGAAAAGUGGCUGAUCUGAGUAAUCUGUUCCAGGCAGCCGGUUUGAAUGUCGAUCAGGAAACCAAGCUGGCCAAUUCUUGCACCAUCCCAUCCUUGAAUGUGGCGACCCCAGUCAGCAAAGCUUGGGAAUGGCCCCAGAGGCCUUUGUCCAGAGAAGUCAUAAUUCAGUGGUUCAAAGAGGAACAGAUUCCACGGCGGGCUGGCUUGGAAAGGAACUCCGACACUAUCGCUCCUUGGUUCCAUGGUAUUAUUACUCGGCAAGAAGCAGAAGAACUGUUGAUGAAGAAGACUGAAGGGACAUUCCUAGUACGGGUCAGUGAUAAAAUCUGGGGAUAUGCCCUCUCUUACCGCCACCAGAGUGGCUUCAAACAUUUCUUGGUGGAUGCGUCCGGAGACUUCUACUGUUUCCUGGGAGUGGAUCCCAAUCGUCACGCAACACUCACAGAUCUUAUUGAUUUUCACAAGGAAGAAAUAAUAACAUCUUCUGGUGGCGAGUUGCUUUUGGAACCUUGCGAGCAGACGAAGAGUACGCCUGACUAUAAUUUGUUAUUUGAAUGACCGCUUUUAUGGUUUCCUCAUCCCCUUCAGGACCCCGGUAGAGGUUCUGAAGAACUGAAAUGGUUAGCAAAAGAGUCGUUCUCUGAGAAGUAAGGUAGCUAUUAUUGCCAGAUCAUCACCUGCAACCUGUACGAACAGAUGCCUUGGGUAGACGAUCCAAGUUACUAUCUGCAUGCAUUAUUUAUGUCAUGCAUAACACAAAGCAGGGAGCAGCUGGACCUGAUAGUUAUAUAAUUGUACUCUGAAACACAAUGAAU